AUGUCAACAAAGGCUUUAACUAAGGACAUGCUGCUUCAAAAAUGCAAAGCUGAAAAGCUUACAUAGAUAAAGAAUGUAAACCUUUGGGGCAAUGAUCUUGAUGAUUUGUCUGUGCUACAAGACUUACCUAAUGUUGAAAUAGUCUCCCUUUCAUUGAAUAAAAUCUCGACUUUAAGAGACUUUUAGAAUUGCUCGAAACUCUAAGAAUUAUAUUUACGCAAAAACUAAAUAUCAGACCUUGCUGAGGUGAGAUAUCUACAGCAUUUGUCAAAUCUCAGAGUACUUUGGCUAUCACACAAUCCAUGCUAGGAUCAUCCUUCAUAUAGACAGUAUAUAAUAAAGAUUCUACCUAACUUGAUCAAGUUGGAUAACACUGAGGUAACCUAAGAAGAAAGGUAACAAGCGAAACUAAUGAGUAUGGAUCACAUUAACCAAUCAAGCAGAGUAAUUGAUCCUAAUUUGCAAAGAAAGCCUUCUUAAGUGAAUGUUCUCUAGUAAAAUAAUAUGAUAUAGAAUCAUCAGCCACAGCAAUAACCAUCUGUUCUUCAAUCCCAAAGCAAAUCUCCUUUCAAAGGUGAAAUUAAUCCGAAAAAAAUUGUUCUCGAUUCUUAAAAUCAGUAAUAGUAGCCAAUAAUUCAAAGAUAAAAUAUUCAACAUGUAGGAAGCUCUCAAUCUCAGUAGUAACAGCCCUAGAUCAUAAAGAAAUCACAUUCAGUAAGGCCAAGCAGCGCUUUAAAUGAAAGAAGCAGUUGCAGUGUCAAUAGUGGAUUUAAUAGCAUAAAUGUGUCAAAUAAUUAGCAAUAAUAACAAUAAUAGUAGAAUUAAGCACCAGCUUAAGACGGCCGAAAUGAAAAUAUACUAUGUGCUGUUCUUGCACUAUUGAAAGAGUUAGGAGAGAGUGAACUUGAACUCGUAAAGAGGGAUAUUGAGAAGAAAAUAAUGAUGAAACAAUAAUCAUAGCAACAUCAUUUCUGA